AGCCGGUUCCACGCUGGCGCAUCCGUUCUGUGCUGGUGCGAACAAACUACUUUUUCGGUUUUAUCAGACGGUUCCAGACAUAACAGGCUUAAUUCUCGUAACCUUACACCUGCAUGACUGCCAAACACGCAUUUUUGCUUGAAAGCUUUCUGUUAUCGACGAUUAUUUAAUGUUAUUGUGGUUGUGGAACGUAUAAUGUGCGGUUAGUUGGAACUUGAAACGUUUAGUGAUAUUAUUUGAACGUAAAGUUGUCGCAUUUGAUGAGCUUGUUUAAGAUCGUUGUUAGUAUGGAGAAAAGUAGGGGGAUCAAGAGAAGCUUUUUGUGGAAUUAUUUCACGGUAAAAGACGCGGAGCAAAAACUUUGCAAGUGCGAUCUUUGCAAGCAAAUAUUAUGCUACAAGUCCACAAUCACUAAUUUAAAAAAGCACAUGGUCCGAAGACAUCCGACUAUAAACUUAAAGGCACAUUUGACGAAUACUAACAGAGAAUCUGAAAGUGAAUCUGAGCUCAAUCAUGUUCCAACCACAUCAGAACCUACAUAUUCUAUUGUUCCGAUGUCGUUCAAGACUGACAGUUUUGAGGAACCAGACCAAAUUGAAUCCAAGGACAAACAAUCAAAUAUCGAGAUUGAAUAUCAAUCUGAGCGUGAUGAUCCUCUAGAAUAUACGCAGCCACCUAUCGACGAGCUUCUGUCGACUUCCUCGAAUGACGCGCCUGUGUUCCGAAAAACCAAUUUUCGAAAAUUGGCUCCAAAGGUCAUAUCCCCUGGGGAAAAAAUAAUUAAAAAUAGAAAAAAGGGAAGCACCGAUAGUGCUGUAGAACAGGCUCGGGAUACUGCUGUGAGGGUAGGAGACAAAUGCAAUAAAGAUGCCGCCAAUGAAGUUGACUGUUUUGGCAAGUUAGUGGCUUGUAAGUUAAAAAAGCUUCCGGAAUCAGUGGCUUUGGAAUCGAUGGCGUACAUUCAUUCCUACCUUGUAAAGCAACAGUUGAAGCAAAUGCCCAGCCAAUAAGAGUUCCGGCGCAAAACACAUGACCCAUAGGAUUAAUUUUCAUAUUCUUCAGAACAUCAAUUUCCAUCUUCUUUCAACCCCAAAAUCAAACAUUCCUAACUGUGCCCAUAAUGUUAAUGUGCAUCGCGACCCUGAACCAGAGAAAGGUUUACUUUCUCAGUCAAUUACUGCUGCACUUUAUGCUGAAAUGUUAAGGAAUGUUCUUAGUUAGUAGGGUUUGAAAUAUACUCUAUUUUAACGA